AUGCAACGCGACACUAUGUUACUCUUGACUGUGAUCGUAUUUUGCGCUACUGUUUUUCAUACGCAAAGUGCUACGUACAAUAUUUAUAGUACAACUGCAAACUGGCAAACUAUUUUGACUAAUCUCCUGGCGGGUGACGUUGCUAUCAUGCACUAUGGCAUCUAUACAACAUCGGGCUCUGGCUACUUCCAACUGACUUUGAACGGUGCUCUCAACAACCCGAUUAUCAUCCAAGGUGCACCUAAUGAGACACGUCCGAUUAUUCAAUGCCCUCAAGGCGGUGCAAGUGCUCAAAAUGUCAUGAAUAUUCAAGGUUCAAAUUUUAUGGUGAAAGGAAUAGCAUUUACCAAAGGUUCAAGAGGAAUUCGUGUCGGACCGGCUGUUACAACGAAUGCAAUUUUCGACAAUAUUUAUAUUUACAACACCACUGGAACAGGAUUUUCAGCCAACGAUGUCGGCAAUGAAUAUGUUAAUAUAACAUUACGAAAUAGUAAAAUCACAAAUACAAAUGCUAUGGGGUAA